AUGUCUGCUCAACGGUUUGAUCAAACUGAAAGCAAAAGGGACAAACUUAUAGAGCUAUCUAGGGACGGUAUAAUAGAGAAGCCCGCAAGUUUUAUAAGAAAGUCUAACAAGGAUGUCGUAGAUAGACUGUACCAUGAGUACGAAAGUCAGAGGAUGUCAUGUGCAAGCGACUUCUUAUCAACACUUAUUAUCUCAAAGUUUGCGUCAGUCCUGGGAAGUUUUGGUGCAGUGGAAUCUUCAGAGAAACUGUCAGAGGAACUACUUAGUGACAAGCUUCUGAAGGACGAUGUAGUAUAUUUAACCAGAGCGAUAUCUCCCAACAUACCAUUCAUAGGGCUCAUAUCUGGUGGUUGUACAACAGCUAAGCAUGUGGUUGCCCAUAAGUGA